ACUACUACUUUUAUUUGCACAGCAGAAGAAGACAAACGCGGAAGAAGAAGACGACAACAACAACAACGGUAUGGCUGCUACGUCUGAGUCCGAAUCCGAGGUGUUCGAGAUUACCGAUUUUACCACCGCGUCAGAGUGGGAAAGGUUUGUGUCAAAGGUUGAGGAGGUGUUAAAUGAAUGGAAGCUAAUUGGCAACUCUACGCGGAGGUUAUCCAGAGAAAAGGGUGACUAUACAAGUGGCACUUGGAUUGAGGAAUCUCAGGAGAUUAAUUUUGUGGAUUUUAAAUUCUCCAUAACCCAUUACGCCUUGGUGCAAGAACAGGACAACAGUGCAAAUGUUGAUUUGGAGGACGAUGCCUUUCCCAUUGCAAUGCAGGACCUACUGUGCACAAACAAUGAUUUUCCCCCUCGAGCCCACUGUUUGGUCAGAUGGUACGGUAUUCGCGAGUUUGUGGUCAUUUCCCCAGGAACCAACGUUGAGGCUAUAAUCAGCGAGUCAAAGUGCAAUUUGCUUCUAAGCUCCAUCUCCAUUUCUCUGGGCAACAGUGGCUGCCAAGUCCCCAUGUUUGUGCAAAUUCAGCAAAAGUGGAGGCGAAUGUAUGCUGGGGAAUGCCAGGGACCUAGUGUCCGCACUGAAUUUGAGAUGGUUCAUCUUCGCAAAGUACCAAGUCAGUACAACCACCUGUCCGGCCUUCUGGACAUCUUCAAAUCAAAAUCAGGAUACACCAUGUACCCCUUACCUCCAAUCAACAUUGCAAUCCGUUUUACCUACAUUCUUCAGGACUGGCAACAGUAUUCAUGGCCACUGCAGCCUCCAGACUUUGACAACAUUCUGAGAGGCGAGGUGGGAGAAGAGGAGUUUGGAAAGCUUCCAUUUGGGGCAUGUGAGGAAACAAUAAGUGAGCUACAGCUUUCAACCACGUGGCCUGACUUGGCAGAAGGCACCGUUUUGGACAAUGAUGUCUACAGUGACCUUGACCCUCUGCAUGCGCCUCAUUGGUCUGUCCGGGCCAGGGCAGUUGAAAAUCCUCAGUGCUUACUAGGCGACUUACUGACAGAGUUCUUCAAGCUAUGUGGGAGGAAGGAAACAACAGAAGAGGUUCUUGGAAGAGGACAGGCAGAGGAGGAUGGAAAAGACGGUGAUAUUAGCUCUGCGUUAUCAAAGUUGACAGAACCCGCAGCAUCAGUGCCAAUCUCCAAACUGUCUGUGUCCAACAUGAUGCACAAUGCUCGAAGGCACAUUCAACGCCACAGACUAACUGAUGAGUCCCCACUUAGUGCUGAAAUUCUUAACUCGAUUCUUCAGUAUCUUUUUACAGACUCUGCUGUGGCUAAACCAUCAAAAAACAAAACUACACCCUCAAAUGGCUUUGGAAAGGCCCGGAAAGACGAAUAUACUGAUGACCUUUACAUUCAGCUGAAGUCAGCACCAGUUGAAAGUCUGACCUAUCGCCUGGCACUGUGCUUGUGUCUAGUCAACUUUCACCAUGGUGGGCUACGGUCUGCUGCCUACCUCUGGCAGGAGUUUGUCUUAGAGUUGCGAGACCGAUGGGAAAACAAUUACCAAAUCAAUGGAUUGCCAGAAGAGCCACCCGAUCUUCGCUGUUGUCUUCUACAUCAGAAGUUUCAGAUGCUGAAUUGUUGCAUCAAACGGCGGCAGGCCAGAGAUAACCUUCGCAAGGCUCCCGAGGGAAGCAAAGGAAGAGAUCACCCGAACAGCCGGCAAUCCGAGUUGACAGCGACAAAUUCAUCCAGCGAAACGACCGCCACGCCAGCUGGCAAAUCCUGGGAUUCUUGGAGUGACAGCGAAGAAGAGUUCUUUGAAUGUUUGAGUGAUCAGGGGGAGAAUGAGUCUCAGCAUAUUAGGAGUGACAAACACAGCAGUAAAACUAGAGCAGAGGGAAGAAUGCACCCCUUCAACAACGUGAGCCUGAUUAACUCUUCAGAGCUUCUCUUUAUUCCUGUGACACAAGAACCUGCUCCCAUGACCGAGGACUUAUUAGAGGAGCAGUCGGAAAUACUUGCAAAGCUGGGGACCUCCGCCGAAGGUGCCCAACUUCGUGCUCGGAUGCAGAGUGCCUGUCUUCUCUCUGACAUGGAGUCUUUUAAGGCAGCCAACCCAGGUUCCGUUCUUGAGGACUUUGUGCGCUGGUACUCUCCCAGGGAUUUCGUGGAGGACGAAGUGGUCAAUGAAGAGGGUGAAACGGUGUUGAAAGGCGAGCUCAGUGCGAGGAUGAAGAUUCCAGGCAACAUGUGGGGGGAGACAUGGGAGAACGCCAGGGCUGUACCUGCUAAUCGCCAGAAAAGGCUUUUUGAUGACACCAAAGAAGCAGAAAAGGUCUUGCAUUAUCUGGAACGGCAAAAGCCUGCAGACCUGACUUGCCAUCUCCUGCCCUGCAUAAUACAAGCUGCAAUUUUGAAGGUGAAGGAGGAAGCGUCUGUCGACAGCAUUCCAUCAGUAAAAAAAAACACCCAGAAAGCAACAGUUCAAGCAAGCAAGCUGCUGCAACAACCCAAACCUGACUACAAUAACAUAAAGGAUUGCCUGGACUUUAUUAUCACCAUGGAGACCGUCAUCGGCCAGUUUCGGUCGCUCAAACAAAAGUUUGCCAUUGAUGAGGCUGAAAAUGGCCAAGAUAGAGAAGAACUGAUUAAUUUCAUCAACUCUCUGUUGGAAGAGCCGGAGGUUGUUGUGAGCGGAGCUGGUCAAGGCAAGGUUGGCGGCAUCAUCCACAGGCUGUUUGCUGUUGCUCAAGAGACUGUCCUCCUGGAUAAAGAACACGGGAACGAAGACGAAAUGAGGCUGACUGAAGAUAGGAGCAAAACUCAGGACUUCCCUUCCCCUGCAGGCCGGGAGAUUUUGUUGCGUACAUGUGUCCCUCGACCAGCACCGUAUUCUAAACCUCUUCCUCAACGGCUUUUCUGUGUUCUUACCACGGAGGAAUUCAGACUUGUGGGGGCCUUCUCCUCUGACACGUCUUUCUUUUAACACCUAACACCCCAAAGUAUUACAACGAAACCCAAAGUCCACAUAUAGGAUCUAUAAAUGGGGAACACAUUCUAACAAUGUUACUUUGUAACUUAAUAAGAGUAAAAAAAAAAAUACACACAUUGACAUUUUCCAGUUGGGCAGCAUGGGGGACCAAAACAACUUUGGAUCAGCACCAGUCCUGACAGUUUCAUGUCCGCAGUCGGAAUACAUAAAUAACUACAGCUUGUAGGUGAAAUCUACAAUAAUGCAUUUAUGAACGAGGAACGUUAACAUCAAACAAACCAACAUAAUCAUUAGAUUCUAUUUAAAUCAGCUGACAACUAAUUAAUGAGAGCACAGUGGCUCUCUGUGAGUUAACUUUUUAAGUAUCGGACAUGGAUUAUUAACACCAAAUAAAUAAAU